AUGCCUUCACCAACAAGUUCCGGUGACCUUGGCUUUGAGAGUAAUGCUGACGGUUCUAUGGUGUUUAGUGAAGACAUGGAGCAGGGGUCAUUUCAUGUCAAGGUUCAAGGUGAUAGACAGGUGAAGGACUACUUGAAGCUUCCUGAAGACGAUGCUUCCAGCUUGCUGAAGACGUUCUGCAGACACACGACAGCCCACGGUUUUAGGUGUGCUGCCAGUCGCGAGAGAAGCAGGACGUUUAGAUGUCUGUGGACGCUAGCGACUCUAGUGGCGAGUGCUGCUCUGUCUGGAGCUCUCUUGGAGUUAUGGUGUAACUACCAUUGCUAUCCCGUGAAGACAGUGGUCGACCUGAAAUACUUAAGUCAGUUGCCCUUCCCCGCAGUCACUCUGUGCAAUCUCCAGUCUUUUAACUGCAGGUGGGUUGUUGGUAAUAUUCAAGGGCAAUUUUCGAUAAUGAUGAUAAUAAUGGUGAUACUUAUAUUAAAGAUCUAUGCAAGCAUGACAUGA